UCGCUCUCUUCCCUCCCCCAUCCCUGUUCCUCUCUGCUCCUUCCUGAUCCUCUAUCACAAAAGCAGUGCACAAUGUCAAUCCAACCGCGCUUCCUCGCUCACAAGCUCACGUCGACCUCAAAGCUCGCGUCCGCGGCAUCGACCACGCCGCACACGAUCGAGCUCUACCUCGACUACGUCUGCCCGUUCUCGCUCAAGCUGUUCACCGAGGUCUACCACCGCCUCCUGCCCGCUAUCAGCGAGCGUUUUCCGGCCGGUGCGUUUACCUUUGUGUUUAGACAGCAGAUCCAGCCGUGGCACCCGUCCAGCACGCUCGUGCACGAGGCCGCGCUCGCAGUCGAGCGCAUCGAUCCCUCCAAGUUCUGGGCGUUCUCGGACGCGCUGUUCAAGGCCUCGCAUGAGUUCUACGAUACCGCGACAUACAACGAAACCCGCGCGCAGACGUACGACAGACUUGCGACGCUGGCGGCGGAGAGCGUGGGCGUGGAGAAGCAGCAGGUGCUGGAGUUGCUUGCGAUCCCGCCGUCGCAGGAUACGCCGCAUAACUGGGGCAGCAAGGUUACGGAUGAUUUGAAGCUGUUUAUCAAGCAGGGACGGCAGACGUCGAUUCAUGUGUCGCCGACGGUGCUGGUCGAUGGGGUCGUAGAUAACGGGAUCAGCUCCGGGUGGACUACUGAGCAGUGGCUCGAGAAGUUGGAUGCGGUGUAUAAGGCCAAUUGACUAGCAGACAGCAAGGGCCGAUUGUGAUCUACGAUAGUGAUUUUUAUAGUAAU